UUUUGUCCCGGUGUUGUGAGUGAGGGUUGCUGAGAAUGGCCAGGACCAAGCAGACCGCCCGUAAAUCCACCGGCGGCAAAGCCCCCCGUAAGCAGCUGGCCACUAAAGCCGCCCGGAAGAGCGCGCCUGCCACUGGGGGAGUGAAGAAGCCUCAUCGCUAUCGCCCCGGCACUGUAGCCCUGCGAGAGAUCCGCCGCUACCAGAAAUCUACUGAGCUGCUCAUCCGCAAGCUGCCCUUCCAGCGCCUGGUGCGUGAAAUCGCCCAGGACUUCAAGACCGACUUGCGCUUCCAGAGCUCGGCCGUUAUGGCCCUGCAGGAGGCCAGCGAAGCCUAUUUGGUGGGGCUCUUUGAAGACACUAACCUGUGCGCUAUUCACGCCAAGAGAGUCACCAUCAUGCCCAAGGACAUCCAGUUAGCCCGGCGUAUCCGAGGCGAGAGAGCUUAAAAGCUUGCUUACACCCACCAGCUUUUGGCAACUAGAAAACUAUUACAAAAGAUCCAAAGGCUCUUUUAAGAGCCACCACAUCCACAUUCAAAAGAAACUGGAACACAUUUCUCAUUUGUGCUACUUUGAUUGACAAACGUAUGAUUAUGUAGUUUGUGGGUUUGUUUGAACAUUUCACUGCCACUGAUCUCUACCAAAAAUAUUUGUGGUCUUCAGUCUCUCUGACUCGCUCGCCACCCACACAUUUAACUUAGUCAAUAACAGCAGCUACUUCAGAGAGGUCCAGAUUCAAGAAGCAAUUUAGGAAGGGAAACUAUCCCCAUUCGCGGCAGCCCUGCGAUACACGAACACCCUGCUGACUUCCUGUAAAGUCAUACCGGUUCCAAACUCCACCUACAUCAGUUAUCCAUAGGCACCUACAUUCCUGCUUCUAGGCAUGCGCCCUGCUGCCUCACACUAGGCAUCCUGUCAUCUGCUAAACCACAGAGCAAUGGACACAA